AGCCCAACGCGUCGCUUUUCGUCGCAGCUUCCCGACGCCAUGGGAAGACCGUGGGGUGCGGUGAGACAGACCGUGCUGAGACAGGCGGCUCCUGUGCGGAAGGUGAUCUCGAAGCCCAAGGGAGCAGGGAAAGGUGGCGGCGGCGGUUCCUGGGUGUUCGUCCCCCACGGCGCUAACAUCUCCAACAUCGUCUCGCAGAUCAAAGGACGGCAGACGUGGAAGUCCCCGGCACCUGCGCCCCAAAAAAAGCCCUUGUCGAAGUAUGAGGAAAAGCUUCGAAAUACCGAUGCCUCAUUGAAGGCCACUGGAUUGGUGGUUUGUCCGAAAGCACCACCUGGAAGGAUCUUGAGAAGCACUUCUCCUCCGUGGCCAAGCCCUCCAUCACCGACAUUAAGAAGAAUGGCACGGCUGUGGUGGCCUACAAGACGGUCGAAGACGUUGAGAACGCGGUGGCCACGCUGAAUGGCAGUGAACUCAAGGGUCAAGCCAUCGAGGUAGAUGUGUGGGUCCAGAAGCCCAAGAUGGAGAAAGUGAAGGUGAAGGAGGACGCGCCAAAGAAGUCCCUUCCAUCCGCCCCCAACUGCAUUUUAGUGAAGAAAGCGCCAACCCUCAAGAAGGUGGCCGUGGCCAAGCAGCCUGCGACUCCGAAAGCGAAAGCCAAGGCGAAGGCCAAGGCGAAGGCCAACCCGCAGAACGAUAAGAUGAAGGAGAAGCUGGCGGCGGCGCCCGCGAACCUUAAAGUCUGGGUGGGCGGGUUGGCUGAAGGCACCACUUGGAAGGAGCUGGAUAAGCACAUGGCCACUGGGAUCAAGCCCAAACUCACCCACGUCUAUAAAAAUACAGGCGUUUGCGCUUCUUGGACGAAAGAACACAAAAAGGAAGGUCGAGUGGAACACGUUUCGGUUUCGAGCUCUAUGAGACGGAGGAUGAGGUGGCGAAUGCCUGUGGUUUGAUGGAUGGCACCGAGCUCAAGGGCAACACGUUGCAGGUGGAUACAUGGACGGUGCCUGAGAGGAGGGAGAAGAAGGUGAAAGUAAAACAACAGAUUGAUGACUGAGACAGUUUUGAGAAAAGACUCCUCGUGCCGAGAGCACGUGAGCGAAGAUCAAGAGGGGUUGGGGAGUUGUGUUGAAAUCAG